GUUAAAUGGAAUCUAAAAAAUUAAUAAUUGGCUAUUGGAACAUUAGAGGUCUCGUCAGACAUGUAGAGUAUGUCCUUGAGUACUGCGGAGCUGACUACGAGACCAAGCUCUAUGAGCUUGGAGAUGGACCAGACUUUAGCAAGAAGGUCUGGUUUGAUGAGAAGUUCAACCUUGGGCUAGAGUUCCCAAAUCUUCCAUAUGUUAUUGAUGGAGACUUUACCCUCACUGAGACUGUACCAGUCAUGUUCUACGUUGCUGAGAAGUAUAAGCCUGAGCUGAAUGGAGAGACUGCUAAAGAGAAGGGGAAGGUUAAGAUGCUUAUGGCUAUCCUUCAUGGAUUAAAAUGGGAUCUUACCAUGCAUUGCUACAGAUCCGAUGAUGCUAACGAAGGGCUAAAGCUUUCUUUUGAAGGACUUGAGAACAUAUCUAAAUGUUUAGGAGACAAAGACUUCUUCUUGGGAGAUAAGCUAAGUCUUCCAGAUCUCUACAUUGCAGAACUAAUUGCUCUUAUCAAAGCAUUCGAUACAGAAAACACUCUAGCCGAGAAUUACCCAAAUAUUGAUGCUUUACACAAAAGAGUUGAUGAACUCCCAGAGAUCAAGGCCUUCUUGGAGAGUGAUAGAUGCAAAGACUUCAAAUUCAACAACAAGUCAGCCAAGCUGUUCCCAUCAUAACUAUUUUGAUCUUCCAGAGGUCUUAAUUACCUGUAGUUCUUGUUA